CUUCGUUCAUUGGGAACGCUCCAUCCACUUGUGUGUGUCAUCUGCUUGUCCGUCCGUGUGCCUCUUUCUGUCGACUCGGUGGAUGGCCAACCCCCAUUGACUAGCACCAAAGGGGGUCGCUCGUCCACCGAAACAAAUCGAAAGCCACACGAACGGUUGAUUCAGCAGACGACAAAAACAGCGCACCCAUUCCAUUCGUCAAGUCGUCCGAAGGUCUACCGCCUUUAAGCCACAUGUAGCACUCACUACUCGUCAAGCUGCUGUGCUGGCCUUUCUUGUCUAGACUACACCGAGUUGGCAUGUCGAGUGAACCGCCAUCCCGGUAGGUGCAAAGCAAAAGAGUCCUCACUCACACGCACCCCAGCACGACACUCACAGAGAAACCGACAUCACAUCCCUCUGGGAUUCCACUGCUACCUUCACUCAUGCAUGACCGAAGCGACAGACGUGGAAAAAUACCCUCAGCGCUCUACACGGGCCUGGCCUGCUCAUCCCGUCUGGUCUGUCUGUCUGCCAAGGUUGUCUGUCUACUCAUUCAUUCAUCCAGGACGUCAGCCUCCCCCAGUACGUCCCGCUUGGGGGAAGCCUUCGGCUCCGCCAUGACGGCAGACACGAUAAGCGGACCGACGUUGUCGCCAGUGGCCUCGUUGUGCUUGGCGUGGGUGCCAUCACACACAGGGAAUGUACCAGACAGCCAGCACCUAGUGGCACCCACACAGUCAGAAUGAAUGAAUGAGUAAGGCCUUCCUUCCCCAGAGUGUGUGCCUGUCAUUGAUUGUCACUCACCUGCAGUAGACCUUCUUCUUGCCCGUUGGGAUCUUCUCCUGAUGCACCACCUGCAUUGCAAUCAACGCCACACACAGCAUAGCACAGCACAGCACACCGAUGGCAGAAUGAGGGAGCAUUGCUGCCCCAUCUCUGAUGAAUGACUCGCUCACCUUGGGGCUCUCCGGGUCGACUGAGAGAUUGAUUUUGCCUGGUCCUUCGACAGACAUCUGCAGAGCACUGGCGCAUCUGCAAAAGACCACACACAGCUCUCAUGAUUGGAUCUGCGCAGGUGUGCCGCCGCAUUCACGAUACUGCCCACCUGUUUCUCGCCCUCAGUGAUGAGGGCAUCUGCCCUAGAAAGCCGGGCGACGGCGCGAAGGCGCGUGUGAGGCCGAGGACACAAGAUGCGAGAGCGAGUGCGCACAGCAGCUUCAUGGGCAGAUCUGCCUCCAAAUUCAGAGCCUCAAGAGCCUACAAAGUUGCGUUUUUCCUUACAGUCG